AUGGAGGAAACUGAUGCUACCGUUUUUGUAAACGGCUUGUAUCGCAAGGUCUUACAGUCUGUUAAAGCUUCGAAUGCCAUUCCAUCGGAAGACGACGGGUUUCACUUUCACAUGCAAUUUAAUACCGACUUUAAAGCACUUUCUACGAAGUCUGGGGCCAAAGUCGAAACACUUGUGCGACAAUUGACUAAAUGGCAACAAAAUGACCAAACGGAUCGAGAGAAGGGAGUGGAAAGCAACAGGUGUGAAGACGAGACAAUGGACCUUUUUGAUGGACCAGAGCCGACUGCACAUGUCACAGAUUACGCCGACAUGCUGCUCGAUGAAGCAUCGAAACAUUUGAUACGUUUUGUGAAUGGUGAGACCGAGACUUUAAAGGACACGAGACAGUUACGACCACUAGAGAAUAAACCUCAUGGGUUUGAGAAGACCAAGAAGAACAAGUUUAAGCAGAAGGAAGGACGUGGGGACAAGACAAUGACACGAGGAGCACAGGCUAAGCCACAGGAUCAAUUUGAUGACAAAAUUGACAACACGGACGCACCUUUUGUGUCGAAAUUACGGGAAAAAGUACAUGCUCUAAAUGGUGGAGCUACAGUUGCAUUGGUGGAAGAGGAAGAGGAUGAGACGGGGUUGUGUCAUCCAUAUUUUCACGAGAUUAAGGGACUCAAGUAUGCGCCAUGGCAGUUGGAAGUAUCGGAAACGCCUUAUGAGAAAGUAGAGCUAGAAGAGGCUACGUAUAUGUGGGUGGAUUCGGAAGAGAAACUGGUGCAGAUGAUGAAGUCGCUCACUGCUGCUGAAACUCGUGCGAUUGCGGUGGAUUUGGAACACCAUAGCUACAGGUCCUACAUGGGGCUUACGUGUCUGAUGCAGAUUUCGACGGCACGCGAAGACUUUUUGGUUGAUACAUUGGCGCUGCGAGGCAAGUUGGAGAUGUUGAAUCAGGUCUUUUGCGACCCUGAGAAGGUCAAGGUGUUGCAUGGUAGCGACAUGGAUAUUCUGUGGCUGCAGCGCGAUUUGGGUUUGUACGUUGUCAAUCUGUUUGACACGGGCCGCGCGGCACGUCUGCUACAGUAUCCCCGCUUCUCCUUGGCUUACAUGCUUAAACGUCACUGCAAUGUCGACGCCGAUAAGCAGUAUCAGCUCGCAGACUGGCGCACUCGUCCACUAGACAAGAACAUGGUCAAGUAUGCGCGCGAGGAUACGCGCUACUUGUUGUUCAUCUACGACCGUCUUAAGAAAGAACUUCUGCAGGCUGGGGCAAAGUCUUGUGAGAGCCUGCUUUUCCAGACACUACAGAACUCGAAUCAGCUCUGUCUGCAGGUGUAUGAGAAGCCUCAGGUCACAGAGGAGGAUGCUCUAGCAGUCGGUGAAAAGCUCAAGGGAACAGUGAACAUCCGCGUUCUGUCUGAUCUUCAGAAACGUGUGAUCAUAGCUCUUUACGUGUGGCGCGACCGCGUCGCUCGUCAGGAAGACGAAUCGGUAGCCUAUGUGAUGCCGAACCACGUGCUAAUGAAGCUUACGAAGCACUUGCCUGUACGAUCUGAUGAACUAUUCCGUGCUUGCCACCCUGUGCCUCCGCUUAUUCGUAAGCACGCGCUUCAGAUAACAAAAUUGAUCGUCGCUGAGAAGACAAAACUUGCCGAAGAAGAGUCAAAGGCACAGCAAGUCCCUAAACAUGUUGUUAUAGCCAAGCCAACAAGAAAGAUUUGGAACGAGGAUGGAGAAGAACAGCUUGUGUCUUCGUCGAGCUUGAAGCGUGUCGGACGUGCUGCUUUCGCUCCUUGGAAAAGUGGCCAGCGUAAAGCUGGCGUCACGAAUAUUGACGCAGCUUUGAAUGGAUCUGUAUUCUCUAGCAAUGCCAAGCCUAUGGCUCUUGGAGGCAACAUUUCGUCAGAAACUCUUGUCAACUCCGAGACAGCAGCCACCACGCUUCUCGAGAAGGUGAAUGCUAUGGUUGCAAGCACAAUGUUUACAAUUGCCGAGAGCGAGCGAGUCAAGAGUCCAGUCAUUCAACGUACAUCUCUGUCUCAGAUCCUAAGCAAGGACGAAAGUACUGCUGAUGAUACCAAGCCAAAAAUGCCGCAGUCCAUUUCGGAGACCUAUCACAUGUCGAACCGAUCGAAGAGGCAAAAAACAACACCCGUGAACACGUCUGCAGCCUCUCAAGUCAAAGAGCGUGUCCAGUCGUUUCUGCAGAAGGACAAGAAAGAUAAUGACAUGGAAGUCACGAGUGGUUUCCAGGGCUUUGACUACGCCACAGCCAGCAAUGAGAUUACAGCAGCAAAAUUCCAAUUGAAAAAGGACGAGGACAAGGGUCGAAACGGAGGGCAUGGAUACAAGAAAAAACAGGCAGGAUAUAAUCCGUUUAUGGCCAUGAAGGACAAGGGAAAGAAGUCGAAGAAGUCGAAUGAGUCUAACGCUCAAGUCAAGAAGAUGCAUCAUAUGCCAAGAAGUGCUACAUUUAGAUAG